AUGCUACAUCGUAGUGUCGCACGUCUCGCCUGCGGAUUGCGCUCUACGUCGUUGGCCCUCGCACGUCCAUCGGCACCCAAGCGCUUUGUUCCCACAACGAUUAGCUAUCAGUCUCAUACCUCGGGCUCCGCAUCGCUAUUGCUUCAAAAAUGGAGAUUUGUGGCCGCUACUGCAGUAAGCACGAGUGCUUCGUAUGCUUUUUGCUCGACUGCUGCUUCAGUUACGGAUACGGUCAAUACGAAUAGAGCAGUGCCAAAGGUGGUGCUCUAUCAGUACGAACCGUGUCCCUAUUGCUGCAAGGUGAAGGCUGUACUGGACUACCUCAAGCUCCCGUACGACGUGGUGGAAGUCAAUCCACUGACCAAGAAGGAGACCAAAGCUGUGACCAAGUAUGCCAAGGUGCCAGUUGUCACUAUCGGCAAUGACAUGGUCGUAGAAUCUGCGGCAAUUAUCGCGCGACUGUGGGACCUAGUCGUGCCAGCUAAAAGCUCACAGCUUGAGCAUAAAGAGCCGCAGGAGGAGGAAGCCCAGUGGUGCCAAUGGGCGCUGCAGGCUUUCGACUUUUGCUUGACAGCUGGAAACUUCACGUCCAUGGAACUUCACUUGUCCAAGUACGUCGGGGCAAUGGUGAUGUACCUCAUUGCCAAGCGGUUGAAGAAGAAAUACGGUAUUGACGAUAAGCGACUGGCGCUGUAUGCGGCUCUGAAUAGCUGGGUUGAUGCGGUGGGUGACAAGCGCCCGUUUCUUGGAGGGCAUGAACCGAACAAAGCAGACCUCUCGGUCUUUGGUGUCCUUCGUGCGAUGCACGGCCUGGACACGUACAACGACGUGAUGCGUGAGACGAAGAUCUGGCCGUGGUUUCGAUGCAUGACGGAUAGGUUUGGCUCCAGCUCAUGCACUGCAAGCAAGCAACUAGAGAUCACGGUCAAGGAGUAA